AAAAAAAAAAAAAGAAUGUCAUUGACAUCAACUUCCAUUACUACUAUACUGCACUACCUUGAACCGCAAUUAGAAACUCUCGAGACUGGCUUUCCGAGCUCAACACGUCCAAACGAGCCAGCUCUUACUAAAGAUCAGAAGCGACAAAAAAUUGAAGCAACCUUGGCUAAAGACCCAGGCAUUUUUCUCACAAAAUGGGGAUCUGUCAUCCUCUAUCCUCGACCAGCAGAUGGCAACACUGAGAACAACGGGUCAUCCACCCAAACUGAAUCAGCCAUGUCGGCCAAAGAUAUCUUGGAUUUAUUUAUCCCACUGACAGAGAACUACGAAGUCAAGUAUCAACUUACAAAAUUGUAUCAACAACUUCAGCAAUUGUCAGAGCACGCAGCUUUUGAAGCUUCUAGAAAAAGAACCUCACCCACAAUUACGACCGCUUCCACUUCUCUGCCUAAUACUUGUACUACAAUCACUUCAAAUGAUGACAUGGAUAUUGAGCAACCACAAGAGCCUGGAUUUCAUCCUCAGCCUCAACCUGCACAGAACGAUCUGUUUACACGAUCGACCGUCUCUCAAAGUACGCGGCGAAACAGACGACUCAAUUAUCUUCUCCGUCAUCUCGCACCUCCCGAUCCAAGCGAACCCUUGACUGCAAAGCAUGCUACAAGUCAUAGUAGCGCCUAUGGCAUCGAUACAAGCAGUAGGAACUAUAACAUUGAUAGUUCAUCCAAAGGAACGAUAAAUCAACAUCAUCCAACCUUGGCCAGUAUUCUAUCCAUCUCUGGAUCCUUAUCAAAUCUCAGCUUCUCCGACUCCACAUACUUCUCAGAUGCAGAAAUGGCAGCGAGGGAACCAGAGUUGUACCGGCAGUAUAUUGGAAGAUUUAUGGAUAUGGAUGACGACGAUAAUGAUGCUGAUCAAGACGAUAUUGAAGACCAAAUUGAGGUGGAAGUUAUUACUGAUGGCGAAGAGUAUAAGGACCGAUCAUCAUCCAAACCGAGGCUCAAACGAUCGAGAGACGGGCCAAAGCCGUUUGGUAAGGAUGUUAGACUGGUGGAUAGGAUCCUUUGGAGCGUUGAUCAUCCAACAGGAGGAGAGCUCAAAUUUGAGCAAGAGCAGCAAAGGGAGGCUAAUCGAAAUGACCAUCAAUCAAGGAUUAUUCAAUCACAAAGGCAAGGGAAUCAAAGCAAUUCAGAAAGUGAAUUUGAAGAAGAGUUUGACACAGAGAGCGAAGAUGAGGAGGAUGCAGAUGCAAAUGUAGAUGUAGAUUUGAGGAAGGGGCCUCUCAAAAAUGUCAUUAGCGACGAUGAUGAGAUUGCUGAAAAAAUCAGUAAUACACCGCCUUUGCCUCCAGAACCGAUCCCAGGGUUUGUGUCCUCAACCUUUGCUUCUGCAGCAAUGACACUUGACCCACCUCAGGAACGAGCUCUGUUCGCACAAGUAGAGAAUGGUGAGGAUCUCCUUGAGGAAUCUGACAAAGACAAUGACAAUGAAGAUAAGGAGGAUAGUUAUAAUAUGGAGGAGCUAGACCCAAAGUUCGUUAGUCAAAAAGAGUAUCAAGAAGCAUUACGGCAAGAGUUUGUGUUGUUGAUGAAACAACGGUUUUUGGACGGACUCGAUAAAAGCUUUGACUAUUCCUUGGUGGAUUUUGAUGAGGGCUUGGAUGAUCUUGAACAAGAGAGCCAUGAUCAAGAAGAUCAGUAUUUCGACGCAGAAGAUGAUGAUGAAGAAGAAAAAGAACAAGAAGACCUCGUUGAUGAUAUGGAUGGUAAUGACAAUGACAAUGACAAUGACAAUGACAAUGACAAUGACGGGAAAAAGAUUGGAAAAAGUAGAAAAAAACCCGUCCGCACAGGACCUGGUACUUUAUCGUGGAGAACGCUUGAUGAACGGGUCAAAGCAUGGGAAAGCGGCGAUCAGAAUGGGUCUGGAGACUAUGACUAUUAGAAAGUAC